AUGCUGACCCUCUGGGCCCUGGUCACCACACUGGCUGUCCAGGCAGCAGCAGUUGACCCACUGAGCCUUCCUUCUGGGUUGCCAAAUCUUUCUGGAAGAAGACCCAUUCUACAAUCUGGACAGUUCCCCAGAUAUCCCCCAAUUCCAAAAGGAUCUCCAUCCAUAAAAUAUCUGUCUGAGACCCCAAAACCCAGCUGUGUCCCUGUGGCCAAGUUCUUCAUGUCUAGCAGCCAACUCAAUGACUAUCUGAACAGCACCCUGCCCCCCCAGAUUGAGGAGAUGCUCAAGUGUGCAGAGGUGGAUCUGGCCGGUUUGCUUGGGACACUGUUAGAAACAGUGUCCAACUUGGACUUGCUGUCUCUGUUAGACCUCACUUCCCCCCUCAAUAUCCUCGGUGGUGGUGGCCAGAGUGGUCCCCCAGACAAGGGGACCAGCAGCGAGUCCUCAAAUCUCCCAUUGCCAUCACUCUCCAAAGCCACUGAUGCUGUUGGUAACCUGAUACCCGUGGCCCAAGGGGUCUUGGGAGGCCUACUACCCAAUGGUGCAAAGAGGGAUCCUGCAAGGAAAGCUGGCUCUUCUCUUCUCUCUAAUCUCCCCCUGAGUGGUGUGCUCAACCAAGUCAGUGAACCCCUGAGUGGUGUGCUCAACACAGUGGGCGGGCUCACAGAAUCCACCGAGGGCAUACUGAACAGUGUGGUGCCAGGUGGUGUCACUGAUGCGCUCUCAGGCCUGCUCGGAGGUGUGAACCUGAAGGAUCUCCUGCUAGGAUUAGAGGUUCAAAAAGCAACGGUGGACAACAUGAUGUCAGCGAUGACAGACAAUGGCAUCCUUGUCCAAGCCCCAACUACUGCCUUCGUUGGUGGAAAAGGCCUAUUAGGACCUGUUAUCAGCCUCCUGGGAUUUCAGGUGAAUGGGGACAUGACUCUGAAAAUUGGGAUUUCCAUAAACAGCACCCAAUGUGUCAACCUCCAAGUCCAGGACAUUGACAUCAAGGUCAACAAAGUGUACCUUCAGUUGGUGAAGACGGUCACAGAUGUUUUGCCUCUCCCUGUCCCUCUGCCCUUGGAUGAUGUCAUUUCUCAAUUGCUGACAGUUAAAUUGCAAGAAAACUUGAAAGAAGCAAAAUCAUGUGACAUUGAUCUCAGUGAUUUCACCGAAUGCAAGAACCCUACUCAGUUGUUCAAGUACUACAUUAGAAGUCUCCAGGCAUCUGAACAAGGUCUUUCAAUCCUCUACUGUGCUUUCUUUAACGGGAAAGUCCUCACACCUAGUAGUCUCCUUCCUCCAGAUCCUAAAAAUGCCAACAUUGCCAUAACUCUAUCGAACACAAUGCUCAGGGAGAUCAUCACUGUCAGUGCCAAGCAGAGCUCCGUCAAGAUGAAUGACCUGAAUGCCCAUAUCACCAGAAUACUGUACUUCAGCCUGCCAGGCAACAAAAUGCAAGUCACCUACUGGGUUAACGUGAAUAAGGAUGGUGAGAUCUUUGCCCAAGGGCUAACGAUGGACGAGGUAGAAGAUGUGAUGUCUGCAGUUAUGAAGAAGUUUGUAUCUACCAUUACUGAAUUUUCCAAUCAAUGGAAUAUUCCACCAGGAAUAACCUCAAAUCUUCUAACCAAUGCCAAGGUUGAACUACUUAACUCGGCAGAUCCACUGUCCCUUUAUUCACCAUAUAAGUCAUAA